ACCGGGCGCACAAACAGUAGUUUUGAGAGCGCGUGCACGGCUGACUGACUCCGCUGUAGAGUUGCGUGUAGAUUAUUUUAUUCUCUGCAGCCAACCGCGGUCCGACCAGAGAUUCAGUCACAGAAACUUCUUAUCUGUCAAGCGCACGUUUAUUCAGCGCGACAAUUCGGCUCACUUUACGGUCACCUACUGCACCGACACUGACGAAGUCGCGCGUCGGAGAGAAAAACAGAUUGGCUUAAAAAGAGCUUGAUAAAAACAAAGAGUCCAUGGCUGGCCUCUCUCACAGGAGCUGCAUGUGGGUGCUGUUCCUGAGUGUUUGUGUGUCACUGGUGGCCACCACAGACUGCGGCAAGGAGUGUGCACUGUGUGUGUACCAGCUGCUGGAACAACAGUCCCCGCUCUCUGCACUGGCAUGCUCACUGGAGUGUGAUGGUGCGUUGAACAGUCAGAAGCUCAGCAGGUGCCAGGACCUUCUGCUGGGGGACGAGAACCAAAUCCCCCUGGAGGCUGACCCUCAUCAACUGGAGGCAAACGUCGUGAUGGCCGACAGCGAGGAAGCGGCGUCACCGAAUCAUCAGCUGAUGAAGAAGUACGGUGGCUUCAUGAAGAGAUACGGCGGUUUCAUGACCCGCCGCUCUUCUACCCCUUCAGCAGAGGGGGCGCUAGAGAGCCCUGACGAUAAUGAAGUUGUCGGCCUGCAGCUCUUAAAGCUCCUCAGUGAAGCAGCAGAGCACGGCAGUGACGGGGACAGUCGGGUGCAUCAGGCAGUCAAGAGGUACGGGGGCUUCAUGAGGCAAGCUGAGAGCAGCGUGGAACAGAGCGAUCUGCUGGAGGCUGUUUUAGACCGUGGGCUCAAGAAGCGCUACGGAGGGUUCAUGAGGCGUGUAGGCAAGCCUGAAUGGCUGGUGGACAGCAAGAGCAAGAGAGGGGGGCUGUUGAAACAGGCCUGGAAGAGUGACAUUGAGAGAAAGAAAAUGGAUGAAGGAUUCAUGGACUAGGAUGCCACCGCCACGGCCUCUCCAUCCCAUCAGCCCUCCAACUGGUUGCCAUGUAGUGUGGAGUUGGUGCUGUGAGAGUCAGCUGACUGCUCCCUUUGCUAAUUACGUUGUUUCCUGCUGCUUUGUGGAAUGUGCUGCUUCUGCCUCCAUUGUAGGACCUCCUGGUCUGGUGUUGAUAAAACGAUGAUAGCUGUAGGUGUACAUAAAUGAUAUAUAUGUGGUCUGUUUGGGGUCCACUGAUGUUGUGUAUUAAAUUAACCUGUUGAUUGUG